UUGUGCUUCAUUUUUUUUCUUCUUCUUCUUAUUUGGUUGUUUCACUUACUAAAGAUGGAGCACACAAUCUCUCACUCUUCCCUUAGAGUAUCCCCUUUUAUUGCUCAACGUUACAAGGUCUCCUCUCAAGUGAAUAGGUUAAUUCCAAUUAAGCCCACAACCAAAUUAGAUAUUAAAUCAUCCAACUUUUCUUCAAAAUCCUUCGCCAAUAAAUUGAUCCACCCAGAAGGGCUCUAUGGGGAAAGCAGGUUUUCAAAAUCCUUAUUAUUUGCCCGACAUAACCGUAAUCACAGUCGGGCAUCCGCUAAACUUGAAUUUGCCGGUUCAGACCUGGUCUUUCACGAAAAUCAACCUGAAUCAACCGGUCCCAAUUUGGUUGCCAAAGUUUUACGCUUUGGAUCUAUUUUCUAUACAUUCGCCAGGCCCUAUACAAUGAUUCAUGUAAUUAUAUCGUCCAUAUGUAUAUUUGCAAGAGUGAUGCUGGAGAACAAGCACUUGUUCAAAUGGUCUCUGCUCCUUAAGAAUUUCCCAGGCCUAAUUGUUAUGCUUCUUGCAAACGUUUAUUUUAAUGGCAUUAAUCAGAUUUUUGAUGCCGAUAUUGACAGGACAAACAAACCUUAUUUGCCUAUACCAGCAGGAAAUCUUUCACUUAAACAAGCAUGGGUUUUGACGAUAUUUUCUGCACUUGGUGGCCAAUUGAUUUUGUGGUUGAUGAAUGCCGACCUAAUCACUACUGGUCUCUUCUGGUUUUGUCUUUUAUUGGCCACUUUGUAUUCUGCCCCUCCGUUUCGAUUCAAGGAAUCUUCUCUUGCAACAAUUAUUUCUCUUCCUUUGAUGAGUACAGCUCACCAUGCCGGUGUACUCUACGCCACCAUAGUUUCUCUUGGACUUCCAUUCCAAUGGAGCCCCCCAAACGUAUUCAUCAUUACGUAUGUCGCAUUAUAUUUUGUGGCGGCUUGCCUCAUAAAAGAUAUUCCAGAUGUGGAAGGUGACAUGAAGUAUAACAUUCGAACAUUUGCGGCGAUAGUCGGACCUAAAAAUAUUACAAUUCUUGGAAUGGGAAUUUUGUUGGUAACUUUUAUUGGUGCUAUAGCAGCUGCCAUUUACUUGCCUCAGGCUUUCAAGGGUUACUCAAUGUUGACUGGUCAUUUAAUCUUUGCCUUAUUGUUACUUUUUCAGGUCCGAAAGUUGGACAAAGCAAACUAUGUCCAGGAAGCCAGCACAAAUUUUUAUCAAUUCCUUUGGAGGCUUCUUUCAUUAGAGUUUCUUUUAUUUCCUUUCAUAUGACAAAUUAGUUGCCCGUUAAUUGUAUGUUUUUCCCAUAUAACUAUAGUAAGGUGGGAGAUAAAGUGAGCUCUGUGUAGCUAUGUUUAAGAUAUAUAUUAUCGUUUUAUUUCUUUUAA